AUGUCGGGGGACCAGCCCUAUCGCUCCGCGGAUGAUGAAAUAAAAGACCCCAAGUUUGUUAACGAGCAAACACAUAACUCCGAUCAGUCCUCAAUCGAUCUACGAUUGAAGCGGCUUAGGGAAGAAAUUCUUCCGUUUUAUCCCUUCCUUCUCACUGUUCCCACUGAUGUGCCUUUCCGCCUGGGGAGUCGCUUUGUCAACAACUGGGCUGUGGGUAAUGACGGGCCGUUUACGCCGGAGGAGCAACAACUACAAUAUAUGACAUUCCUUACACAUCACGAAGGAGAUUCCUUGCUAGUGGCUGUGGGUGACUGGUCUGACGCGACAGGAAACGUCAUGUCCGAUCAGCGUUCCGGAGCCCAGAGUGCUGCAAGCACACCAUCGAACAACUCGGUGAAGAAGAAGAUAAGUUUGAACGACUACAGGAACAGAAGGAAGAGUGGCGCCUCCGCUUCCCCUGUCGGCCCUGAAGUCGGUAACCAAAGCACCUCGGUCCUUAACACUCCCGAUGCAAGUCAGCGAGCUGCUAGGGCUAGCCUUCCUAACAAUGACUCGCAAAAGCCCGUGGGAAAGCCACCCGUCCAAUCGCGAGCUUCGUCUAACCCGGGGGGCAUCGAGCGCAAGCGCCCGUUUGUCGACGGCACCUCGGAUUCAUGGAGAUCACAACAUAAGGUCGCGGCCCCAAAGAAGCCGAGGAUAUCUCCAACUCCUGCAAAGACCGACCGGCUGAAGGGUAACGGCUUACCUGCUCUCCUGUCACCGACCCUUCCCCCAACUUCAAGCAGUCCAAGACUGCCUCGACUUCUGUCUCCUACCCUUCCUCCUGAUAUUGAGAGGGAAUUAGCUGGACUAGGGGAAGGCCUCUUAGGCCUAGGAUCAUCACAAAGCGACGGCGCUUCGAAUAAUGAUUCGUCAUUGGGACCAAGAAUUCAGAAGGCCAAAUCUGCCGUUCACGCUUCGUCACAGCCCGACUCAGCACACUCUUCGAGCUUGCAUAGCAGGCAAUCAUAUCAUGGAAAUGACAAACGAUGGCCCUCAAGCACGGAUGUCUCAACUCUAGACGCUUCUCUGGCCUCGAAAAGUAAUUCAAAGAACCAUGUGGGGAAUACGAUGUCAAGAUCAACCGGCUCGCCACCGGCUCUGCAGGAUGCUUCGGCUAGAGCGCAAUUAGUGGUGAAAUUGAAAUAUGGAAGAUCGAACAGGAAGCGAAUUGAGGCUCUCCUGAAAUUUUCUGGCAAAAAAAAACCGGCCCCGCCAGGGUCACCCGUGAAGAAUGCGCUAGACGUUGAGCCCUCCCAGACUCAGAAAGCCAGGCAGGCGGCAGCGAAAGCUCCAGCGUCGGAACAUCCCGACCACAACAAGUCACAACGGUUGGAAGGGAAAGGGAAGCAUACGGGCACCAUUCCCGUCACUCGGGAACACUCAAAAUUCCCCGAAAAGCCCCAAACACCUAUGUCUCUCUCCUCAAAUCUGGCAGUAUAUCAAACAGACAAAUCGAAACCUAGUUCAACCACGCCAGUUAAAGACACCAAGUCUUCUUUCAACCGGCUUGAUCCAUUUAGCGGCAACGACGGAAAGCCGUCUUCGCACCCAGCCGUCAAGCGCCCCGGUACUUCGGCCACUCCUACAAAAGUUGCAUCUCCGCAAUCGAGUCAUACGGCAUCCCGUCAAUGCGACCGUCGAGCUUGGAAAGAUGAGUAUCAAAAAUAUUCAAAUCUGGGACGGGAUCUAAAGCACGCUGCGGAGCGACACACAGCCAAAGAUCACGUAACUACCGUUGAUGAAAAGCUCGCGGCCGCUACAGCAAUUGAGGCUAUUCUUUGCUUCAUCGUGGCAUUUGUUGCCGAUGAUCAGUCUAAAGCACUAUCCCGGCAAACUGCAGAUUCGUCUUCCUGGCUAUCUAUUCUCGCAUAUUGGCGUGUUGUAAAGAAGAACAGCACUCCCUAUCCGCGCCUACAUAGCCUCUGCCUCAUACUUGGUGCUGUCUCUUAUGAUGCCAUUCACGCACUUGAUCUUGAGCGGCUUGCUGCCACACCUCUGCCUGGGGAGAACACACCAGUGCCCACUCCAGGAAGCGAUGAAAAUGCUGCUCCGUCAGAUGACCAUAGAAAGAACCGGAAAGAGUUUGUGGAGCUGAAGAAUCGACCGCACGAGUGCUAUAGGGAAUCCCAGAAAUUAUGGCUUGAAGGCUCACGUGGUCUUUGCGAAGAUGUGCUUUCGCGUGAGUUUCCAAGUACCUGGUCUAAACGAUCCAAGAAUUUCUCGGAGUUGGGAAGGCAACGCUUGAAAGCUGGCGACUAUUCUGGCGAAUUUUUUUUGCCAGUUGGACGGACCAACGCCCCCCUUGAGGUAGUUCGGUUCAGUCACGCAUUUCUGAGUGAGUGGUGCGUCAAGGAAGGUGUGGGAUGGAACAGCCGACUCAAGCUGUAA